CGUGAUGCACCGCGGCGCUGGCGCAAGAUGGCGGCGGAGCGUCAGGGCGGCGGCGGCGGCCGCGGGGCCGGGGCGGAGGAGAACCGGGACGGCCGGGACGGCAAGGACAACAAGGAGAACGAGCGGCCCGCCGCGCCGCAGCCCGGCGGCCUCGGCGACAGCCUGGGCCUGGAGAUCCUGCAGAUCGUGAAGGAGUCACAGCAGCAGCACGGUUUGAGACAUGGGGACUUCCAGAGGUACAGGGGUUAUUGCUCCCGCAGGCUACGGAGGCUCCGAAAAACUCUCAACUUCAAGAUGGGCAACAGGCACAAGUUCACUGGGAAGAAAGUAACUGAGGAGAUUCUCUCAGACAACAGGUAUUUGCUGUUGAUCCUGAUGGAUGCAGAGAGGGCCUGGAGCUAUGCCAUGCAGCUGAAGCAGGAGGCCAACACGGAGCCCCGCAAACGCUUCCACCUGCUGUCGCGGCUGCGCAAAGCUGUGAAACACGCCGAGGAGCUGGAGAGGCUCUGUGAGAGCAACAGGGUGGAUGCCAAGACAAAGCUGGAAGCACAGGCAUACAUGGCUUACCUCACCGGGAUGCUUCGCUUCGAGCACCAGGAGUGGAAGGCAGCAAUGGAGGCUUUCAACAAAUGCAAGACCAUUUAUGAAAAACUGGCCAAUGCUUUCACAGAAGAACAAGCUGUGCUGUAUAACCAGCGUGUGGAAGAGAUCUCGCCCAACAUCCGCUACUGUGCCUAUAACAUUGGUGACCAAUCUGCCAUGAAUGAGUUGAUGCAGAUGAGACUGAGGUCUGGUGGCACUGAAGGUCUUCUUGCAGAAAAACUGGAGGCUCUGAUCACCCAGACUCGAGCAAAGCAGGCAGCCACGAUGAGUGAGGUGGAGUGGAGAGGGAGAACUGUUCCAGUGAAAAUAGACAAAGUGAGGAUCUUCCUGCUGGGCCUGGCUGACAACGAGGCAGCGAUCGCUCAGGCAGAAAAUGAGGAGACAAAGGAACGUUUGUUUGAGUCUUUACUCAGUGAGUGCAGAGAUGCCAUUCAGGCAGUCCGGGAAGAAUUGAAACCAGACCAGAAACAGCGAGAGCACUCUCUGGAAAAUGAUUCUGGGAAGGUGUCCAACAUCCAGUACUUACACAGUUACCUGACCUACAUCAAGCUCUCCACGGCCAUCAAGCGCAACGAGAGCAUGGCCAAGUCCCUGCAGAAGGCCCUGCUGCAGCAGCAGCGCUCGGACGAGGACGGCAAGCGCACGCCCCGGCCACAGGACCUCAUCCGCCUCUACGACAUCAUUCUGCAGAACCUUGUGGAACUGACGCAACUUCCUGGCCUAGAGGAGGACAAGAACUUCCAAAAAGAGAUUGGAUUGAAGACACUCGUGUACAAAGCUUACAGGUGUUUCUUCAUUGCCCAGUCCUAUGUCCUGGUAAAGAAGUGGAGUGAAGCUCUCGUGUUAUAUGAGAGGGUGCUGAAAUACGCCCGGGAAGUUCAGUCAGGAGCUGGAGCUCAUAGGAACAGCUUGAAGGAGCUGCCUGAUGUUCAGGAUCUGAUCACUCAAGUUAAUGCAGAGAAAUACUCCUUGCAAGCAGCAGCUAUAUUAGAUGCAAAUGAUCCUCAUGAGUCUGAGUCUCCAUCUCAGGUCAAGGAUGGCAAGCCACUCUCAGAACGGUUUGAGACUUUCUGCCUGGAUCCUUCUCUUGUCAGCAAGCAAGUCAACCUCGUGCACUUCCCACCGGGAUUCCAGCCCAUUCCAUGCAAACCCUUGUUCUUUGACCUGGCCCUUAAUCAUGUUGCUUUCCCACCUCUGGAGGACAAGGUGGAGCAGAAGGCCAAGAGUGGCCUCACAGGAUAUAUAAAGGGCAUUUUUGGAUUCAAAAGUUAACCAGGACCCCCAGAGAAACAGAGGUUUUAUUCUGUAUUGAAGGAAAAGCUCCAAGAGGUUCUAGGACACCAAUACCUGCACCUGAAACCAACAGAGGGAAGUUUUACCACCUUCUCUCCUGUGUCCUGUGUGUAUGUCUGUGCACUCACAUUCUCUCCCAGUGUAUUAAAGACAAGCAAUUAUUCAGAAACAAACACUAUAAAUAGCUGAAAAUAAUCUGGAGCACAGAGAAAUCCCAUUUUGGUUGGAGAAGUUCUGUGACCAGUGGCCUGUUCAAGGCCAGCACACAUCUACUUAGCAUGGACCAGGGCAUAGGUAUAAUUUGACUCUUUCCUCUGCCCCAUUAUUUGACACUGUAAUUUGGUAUUUUGGUCUAGAAAUUGGGGUGUGAUGGGGAAACAGAGGUAAAAGUACAGGACAACUAAACCAGCAAGAUGAGGCUCCCACAUGAUGGCUAUGGAACAGUAGCCAAGGGGGCUACUUCUCCUUCCCUUUUGAAUCCCAGAAGUCUCUGUAUUUUUUAAAAAUGUAACAGAACUGACAAAAUAGAGCCUCUUUCCUUAUCCAUAAGGAUGGCAGAUACGAAAUGUUAAUGGUUACCCCAGCUGUGGUGGGUGAAUUUGUACUCUGGGCCAAUAGCAUCCUUCUUUAUUCAUGCACACCUUUUGUUAAAUACCUGAAUACAGUAUAGAACCUAUUCCUUCAUGGAUUUUCCUGGGAAACUAGCUUCAUGGGUGGCUUUGGAAAUAGCUACUUGCUCUUCAUGGGAAGUUGGGUCUCUCAUUGUUCAUUUUGUCUCUGAUCUAAACCUUGCCUGAAAACAAGAUGAUCUUUUUCUGGAGUUCAUUUGUUGCUUUGUUCUUCAUCCUUGGUCAGUAGCUACACCUGAAAUGAGGGAUAAGGAACAGGAGACCAGGAGGUUUGUGAGUGAUAAAUCAUCUCUGUCGUGCCAGACAGCUUUUUUUAUAAAGCACCCAGGUGCCACGGUGACAGGCACUUUGAAAAUGCAGAUAAUUUCGUAAUUGUGGUGACUUAAACAGGAAAAAACCCCACAGCACAUGAGCAGAACUGUUCCUAAAUAAAGUAUUUGGAAGUUUCCACCA